AUGAACCUGCACCCCACAGCAAUUGACACACUCAGAUAUCACAACAUUGAUCCAGCAACACUUUUACCAAGACAAUUGAAGCUCUACGAAGGAGCAAUGCCGGAACAACGGUCACGCUUAAUCCAGAUGUGGCAGUUGUCACCGGAGCACCGAUACUACAGCGACCAGGGUGAGACUAAGGGCGCCAGGUUGCAUGACCACGGUGCGACGAAUGAGACUGCCUGCAUGUCUGGUCUCUGGAACGCAUCGUUUGAGACUCGCACGGUUGAUGAUCUCGAUAUGUAUGAUUUCGAUCAGGGAGUUGACUACAGCGCCAGCCCGUAUGCCGAGCCAUACAUGAUUACUGGCUAUAAGGCUGCCGCUCAAACUAGCAAAGAACUCUCCAACGGAAGAGACGGGAAUGUAGCAAGCGAGAUCACUACAGGAUCGCCAUACAGGCUUGCAAAUGAUCCUGUUUAUCGCUCCCAGGGGCAAAGAUGGUGGGAGUACGAGCAUCGGCAUCACUCAAGUACUAGUCUGACAUGA